AUGUUUGCGAUGAAAACGAGCGCGGUGAUGGGUACAUCCGCGCGGGCGCGACGGAGCCGAGGCGUAGCGUCGAGGGCGGUUUCGACGACGACGCGCGCGGAGGGUGGGUCGGAUUGGAAGCCGAUGGCGGUGACGAAGCCGAACUUGGUGAAUAAUCUGGACGGGAAGACGACGAGGAACAUCGAUGGGAAGGUGUACACGAUCGAGGCGAGAGGGGAAUCGAUCGUGGUCACCGAUAAGUUUGGCGCCUCGUUUGAGUCGCGAGUGAACAAGGCGGGCGUUAUCGAGGCCAACAUGGCGGCGCGCGUCGGCGCCGCGGGCGGUGGCGCCGAUGACGUUGAUUUUGCGUCAUUGAAACCGACCGAUAUCGUCGGGUUCAACGCGAAGUAUAAGAUCCCGGAGAUUGUCAACGGGCGCGCGGCCAUGGUGGGUGCGGUGCUGGCGCUCUUCUCCAAGAUUGGCGGCGGCGGCUCCGUGGCGCACCAAAUGUUUACCCCGGGUGGAUUCAGUUCCAUGUGCUUCAUGAUGGGAGCCGUCACCGCGGCGACGCUCGCACCCGCGGCGUUGGGCAAGACGUCCCUUCGCGCUGCGAUCCCGGAUGAGAACGCCAGCUUCCCGAACGAGCGCCUGCCAACUACGUGGACAGCAACUGCAGAAGCCCUCAAUGGCAAGGUCGCCAUGGUCAUCUUGACCCUCGCGCUUAUCACGGGCAACUAA